AUGAAACUGGCUCAUAGCACCCACGCCGGUUCGGGCUCUGUUUCCCGGGUUUCCAAACCAGAAACGGUCAAAGGUUUGAGAAAAUUGACCUUUCAGCAUCGAGAAAGUGUCGUUAAUAAAAAAUCUGAAACCACUGAUAAUAAUUCUGGUAAUAAUUCUUUCAUUGGAACCAACCUAAAAGCCCAGAAAGUCAUUGAGGAGCUCGAUGCCUUCAACAGAACGCUCAGCAAAACGAAACUUAAUGGGAAUGAUAUUCAAUUGAUACUUUACUUGAUUGUACAAAUCAAGCCGUUCAAAUACGUAGGAGAUCGUUCGGUGAGCCAGACAUAUAAAUGGGAAUUGGUGCAACGAAAGUAUGUGGAAAUUAAGACCAAAGAGUAUCAGAGACAAACCAAGGUAGUGGCUCCUACAGUACGGACGUUACAGCGACAAUUGGCUUCUGCUAUAAAGAGAGCAUCAGUAAGAAUGAAGAACAAAGAAAAUUCAAUUGACAAUAUCACUCAAGUUCUCUGUCAAAUCACCCGAGAUACAAGUGUCGAGGAGCUAGAAAAUGCUACUUUUCAGCUCAAUAUAUUCAGCGAGAACCUCAAAGCAGGAAGAGAGGUUCCUGUGGAAUCUUUGGUUUCCAGCGAAGAAUUCGAGAUUGUUUCAGAACUGGUUUUUAGUCUUCCAAGAUUGUCGCUGAUGUCCAGUCUGACCUCCCAAGACAAGAUAGUACCCACCUUCCACGAAAGUAAGCGACUACUCGAAACUACUCGAAAUCAGGUGGAAAGUGCUCUCAAGGCUGAAGACCCAAAGUCACUAAAAUCACUACUAAAAACGAUAGAAAGACUAACCAGCGAAUGCGAGCAAACGAGCUUGACGGAGAACGAAAGAAUCAUGAAACAAACCCGACUUUUCGUGGAACAAAAAUUGGAAGAAUGCACAAAAACCAUUGAGCUGUCCAUGAGAGAAUUGGUCGAACAGCAACAGAAAAAUAAGGCAUUAAUGGAAAGAGUAAUUGCCCACAUAGGUCUGGAGUAA